AUGGUCAAUACUACUACCGCAGCGGGACUUAUCGGUGUUGUUCUUUUGGCCCGCCACGGAGACAGGACGGCAUACUACCAAGACCCAACGACAUAUAACUCUACCCAAGCAUACAUCACUCCUCUUGGAGAGCAACAAGAAUUUGAACUGGGAAAUUUCCUUCGUAAUACAUAUCUCAACCCCGAUUCGCCGUCCUUUAUUCAGAAUAUCAGCACUGACGUCGCAAAUAUCGAUCAGCUGACAGUCCGCGCAGAUGCUGGUGGAGGAAAUGUUAUUCUGAACUCCGCGUAUGCUCUGCUUCAGGGUCUUUACCCAUCCACACAAAAUUCAGCGAUAGCUUUGGCGAAUGGUACAACGGUUCCUCCCUCCUCUUGGAGGAUAUCAAUAUUGCAAUCUUUGGAGUAUUGGCAGAGUCCGUCUCUCACGAGCUGGAUGGAUUGCGAGUAUUUCCAAGAUCAUUUAACUCGACUUUAUGCUUCGUCUGCAUUUAUAAACAUGUCUACUACUGCUGCACCCUUCCUGACUGCAUUGAAACCUUACUUGGGGGGCGUUAGUAACAACUUCACGAACAUGUGGAAUAUAUACGACCAUGUCAAUGUCCAAUACACCUACAACCGGACCUAUUAUGAGACCCUACCUCCCACCUUCCUCCAGCAAGCUCGCUAUUAUGCUGAUUGGGUCCAGCGCAAUGUCUUCACCGAUUCUGAACCAAUUGCUAUUCGCACACUCCUCCCGGAGAUCUUCUGGGCCUUGGGCAACAUGACAAAGACUUCUAACAAAGUCAAGAUGAAUAUUCAAGAAGUCGAUUACAAACCAUUUAUCAGUCUGUUUAACGUCACCAACGCUACCGUGACUGACCCUGAUAUUGGUGGUAUCCCCAACUAUGCUUCUGUCAUUGCACUCGAGUUGUCGCAGGACUCGCAGGGUCAGUACGAGGUCAGCAUGAAGUUCAAGAACGGUACAGAGGACAGCCAAUUCCGUCAACUUCAGAUGUUCGGCAACACGAGCAUCACGUUUGACAGUUUUGUUGAAGAACUUUUUGGCACUACGAUCAAUUCUACUAACAACUGGUGCUUCUCCUGCAAUCAGACUGUCCAGCGCGGAUGUUCUGUCUUUAACUACAGUAACGACGCCUUCUUGUCUGGCUACGGUACUGGUUAUAGGCGCUAG